AUGGGUUCUUUGUUACCCCUUGAAGGUGAAUGUCCAAAAUUUGCUCAGCUUUACAUAUAUGAUACCCAUAAUGAAACAAUGAAUCGCCUUAACGCUGUUAAUUGUAAAGAAAGGAAUGAAAAGCUUGAUGAAGACAUUGUUCAAGGUUUGAUUAAGAUGUUUGAUGAAUCAAAUGAAUUGGUAAAACUUUUUCGAAUAGUCAGGGAUAAAUUCGAAAGGGGUUGUCUAACUUCUUUAAAACUGAGAUUGUUGGGCCGACAGGCAGAUGAUAGUAAACAAUAUGAACAACCGACAUGUGAUGAAAUUGGUGGUUUGGUUGUGGGAGAUAUAGGCCUUUUUGAUUCGAAUAGAGAUAUUGUUAUAGAGUUGAAAGCUGGAGAGUUGAAACGAAUCACAAAAUUAAAUCCAAAGUUCAUGUCUUUGCAAUAUCCUAUUCUUUUCCCUUAUGGCGAAGAUGGUUAUAGACCUGAUUUAAAAUGGAGCAAUGAUUACAAAGGUCAUGACCCCAAAAGAGGAAGGGUGCCUAUGAGAGCUUUCAUAGCUUACCAGAUUCAGGAAAGAGGACCUUUAUUGGAUACAUUGUUAAAAGGUGGAAGAUUGUUCCAACAGUUUUUAGUAGAUUCUUACGCAACACUUGAAGAAGAUCGAUUGGAUUACAUUAGAAAAAAUCAAACAAAUUUGAGAAGUGAGAUUUAUAAAGGUAUUUAUGAUGCAAUUUCAAAGGGUGAUAGUGAUGCCAAUAAUGUGGGACAAAAAGUGAUAUUGCCUAGCUCAUAUACUGGAAGUACUAGAUACAUGCUUAAUAACUAUCAAGAUGCUAUGGCAAUUUGUAGGCAUUAUGGUAAUCCUGAUUUGUUUAUAACUUUCACAUGCAAUGUCAAAUGGCCUGAAAUUGUUAGAGAACUUGACAACAAGCCUGGAUACAAAGGAGAGGAUAGACCUGAUCUAAUUUCUAGAGUGUUUAAAAUGAAGCUUGAUGAUAUGAUCAAUUAUAUCAAAUCAGGAAAAGUUUUUGGAGAAGUUGAGGCAGGUGAAUUUUACAAACUCAUAAUUUCUGCUAUCCUCAAUUUCUAA